AUGUCAGCCGUUGCGAUCCAAACCCUUCCCGUAGGCUUCCACCCGACGUUCCAGCAGAGCCGUCACUCUGCAGCACCUCCCGCGGCACUGCUUACGCCGGCCAAGACACGCACACCGGGGAUCAUCACACUCUCGAAGCCUGCGACGGCGAGUGCAGUCCCCGCGGCUCCCUCGGCGACACCCAAGUCUGAAAAAUCGCGCAAACCACGCUCGAGGCCUUCGUCGGACGAAGAGCACGAGACGCCGUCCAAGCCCCGUGGCAGACGCCAGAAUGCCGAAAAACAAUCUCCAAAUGGGUCUCCUGCUGCCCCCAAGCGCCGCAAUCCGUCGCGUGCUCGCCAGACUCCCUCGCCCGAGUCUGACCCUACUCCUGCUCCCCAGCUGCAAAAGCCAUCUGGCCGCUUGGCUAAGCACCGCCGCGGUUUUACCAAGUCCACUCCGGCCCUUUGUGCCGCCGUAAGCACCGCGGGGUCUGCACCGGUCCCGGUUCCGCAGCUCUCGAGUUCUGCCUCCCACCCGACGGGUCUGUCCCGCUCGGCCCCUCUGGCUACCCCGCCCAUGUCCCAAUCCAUUCCUGCUCGCAUGCGCCGGACUCUGACGGGCAAUGGGCGUGAAGAGCAGCAAAAGGACACCCCUCCCUCCCCUUCGCCCCGCCGUGUGCGUGAGCCCUCCAAGGGCCCGCUCACGGCUCCUCUGGCCAGCGGCUUCCCCAUUCGUCCUGUCCACGCACGCUCCCCCUCCGAGGCCCUCUUCAAUCUCUCCCUCGACGAGCCCGAGGACGAGCCUCAGGACAUGCCUGUUCUCUUCCGCAACCGCGGUGGCGACAAGGUCUACGCUGGCGGCAGGUUCCAAAAUGGCCCUGAUCCCACCAUGCUCCCCGCACCUUCGUUCUUGACUGGGUUUUAA